UUUCAACAUGGCAUCAUUAAAACUUCUGGUCAUCUUGGCCAUUCUAAUCGUUUGCUGUGCAAUGCUCGGAGCAGCUGAACACGAAGAAGUCAGAAUCCGCCACAAACGACAAUGGGGAGGAUGGGGAGGACGUGGAGGCUAUGGAGGCUAUGGAUACCGCCCGUAUGGUGGAUAUGGUGGAUGGGGCGGCCGAGGAAUGGGAGGAUGGGGAGGACGUGGCAUGGGUGGAUGGGGAUGGGGACGAUAAGUGAGAUCCAGUGGAUGUGCUGCAGCGUUUUUGUACAUUUUACCGUGUAAAUGUGAUAUUAUCCCAAUUUUUGAAAUAAAUAUUUUUAUACAACUCUAA